AUGAAAGAUGCAGAUAUUUUGAACCAGUAUGAAAUGAACAUGGCUGAUGGAAAUAUAACACCUGACGUUCUAGAACAUUUAUCUCAAAGAACUACACAGAACCAUAGAGAUGGUAUAUUUGGUGAAGAGUUUAGAAAGAAAGUUAGGGAGAUAGAAGGAAGAGAACUUAUUGUACAUGACCUUGCAAACGAAAGUUUACAAAAUGUCAUAAAAACUUACUUUGCAGACAAUGAACUGAGAAGGGAUGAAUAUUUAAGAAAACUCAAAUGGACAGUACCAAAUGAAAUGUUAGUAUUGAAAAACAUGUUCCUUGACAAAAUAAAACCAACUACAGAAAUAAAUGACGCAAGACUGAAACAUUGGGUAAAAGCUUUCCCAUUCACAAAAGAUAUUAUUGGUAACAUGGAAAGAAAACCAGAAUGGCUACAAAAACAUAUAUUUGGAAACGAGCUUAUUCCAUAUGGACAAGCUCUGUUUGAAGAGCUUGAACCGGAAACUCAGGAAAGAGUCAUGCAAACAAUACGCGAAGACUCAAAUACAAACUAUGACAAAAUCUUUCUAGGAUAUAGGUUACCUGAGAUGGGCGACCAGAGCCCAAAGGCAAAAAGGACAUGGGAAAUUUACAACAUAUUAGGUGAACAUGAGGCAAAGAUGCAACAACUUGAAGCAGAGGGCAAGUUACCAAAAGCGACACCAAAGAAGAAGAGUAGAACAAAGUGA